AAACUUGAACUUCUUCUACGCCCGUCUCCGUAAACAAACUUACAAAAGAACCAUUCAGGUAUCUUCUGCCGGAAAACGUCUCGCCGGUCGAAGUUUAUAGUAUUGUAGAGUGCAAACCUUUUCCCGACGACCCGUUUCUCCAAACUUCUCAGAGCGGAUUUCUUGUUCUUGUUUUUCCUUCGUAAGAGAGACUCUCUCUCUCUCUCUCUCUCUCUCUCUCCUCUUGUCUCCAACUGUAAGAAAGAGAUGGGGCGGACAAGCAAAGACCUUCUGCACUUGGAGCGCAAGAAUCCCUCCGCCUCACCACUGGAGUCCACACUUCUUGUUUGCAGAAAAAAUUCGCUCGCUCAAACCCAGAAAAUCCUCUCUGAUGGAAAGCCCAUCACCGCCCCUCCUCCCAAAAGCCAAGUGUUGGGAAAACUUCAAGACUUCCUAGGAGUGAUAUCAGAAGCAAAUGAGAGGCUUCAACUUGGUGCAAAGGAAAAUUCUGAGAACUAUGAUAUUGAAGUGCUCACUGGAAAUGAAUCUGCAGUCAUUGAAAUGGAUUUGAUGCUUGGUGUUGCUGAUCUCCACACCUCUGAGGCUGUUGCUGCUGCUGAAUCUGCAAUUGCUGGUUUUCAGCCUUUGAUUCCAUUGGCUUGUAGCAGUAGUGGAACAGAUUCAGAGGAUAGCAGUGAUGAUGAUAGUGAUGACAAUGGUGACGAAAAUGGUGAAACGUGCUCUCCGGUGAAACUCAAAAAAUCAAAGCCUAGCCAAGAUAAUUGUUCAAGUGAGGAUGAUUUCAUUCGAUCAAAAAAAAGACCAAAGAUUGUUGUGCUUCCUUGAGAACUUUCUGAUGAAAGAGGUUCCAAUCCAGAGUAAUUGUUGUGAGACUUGGUUUGUAUGAAAUAUAUAAUAAACUGUCAAAUUAUUACAACGGUUGCAACAAGAAUCCAAGAGUUUUAAGACAAUGCAUCUGGUAAAGAAAAGGGCACCAUGGAUUAUGUA